CGCUUGUCCGCAUCCCUGAGCAGGAGGGCGGUGCGCUGCCUUGACUGUUCAUACUCCCAGACGCCAGACUUGCUCCUUAUUCAUCAUCCUUAAAAUGGAUCCAAAAUAGGAUAGCAGGAAGGAACACUAUAAUUUUCGACUUGAAUAAGAGGCAAUCAUGGGGAGACCGAAAGGAGAAGGAAAUAGAAGCAAGGCACGCCCGUCUAGCAGCAGUCUGGCUGCUUCUCUCUUGCCGUCGUCGGGUGCUCAGGCCGUUGGAUUCGGGGGCUAUGUGGGCAGCUCGCGGGUCGAUUCUUCGUCGUCAAGCGACGAUCCUGCUCCCUUCUUGGAUAUCGAUGGUGAAGUUGCACAGCAUUUGAAGAGGCUUGCCAGAAAGGAUCCAACCACUAAGCUUAAAGCUUUGGCAUCUUUGUCUAUGCUUCUCAAGCAAAAAUCUGGCAAGGAGAUACUACCAAUAAUCCCACAGUGGGCAUUUGAAUAUAAGAGGUUGUUGUUGGACUACAAUAGAGAGGUUCGGCGAGCUACACAUGACACUAUGUCUCUUCUUGUAGCCGCUGUUGGGAGAGAUUUAGCCCCACAACUGAAAUCUUUGAUGGGACCAUGGUGGUUUUCUCAGUUUGAUCCAUCUUCUGAUGUUUCUCAAGCUGCCAAGCGGUCAUUGCAGGCAGCCUUCCCAGCACAGGAGAAGAGAUUAGAUGCCUUAAUUUUAUGCACAACUGAAGUACUCAUGUAUUUGGAAGAAAAUCUGAAUCUGACUCCACAGAGCAUGUCUGACAAGGCCACUGCUUUGGAUGAACUGCAAGAGAUGCACCAGCAGGUGAUUUCUUCAUCAUUGCUGGCAUUUGCUACUUUCCUUGAUGUUUUGGUUGGCUUGCAAGUUGACAAACCCAGUUUUGAUAGUAUAGCUGCUGAAACGAAAAGAACUUCAAGAGCACGGGCCACAGCUAUUGCUUUUGCUGAGAAGUUGUUCUCUGUGCAUAAAUACUUUCUAGAUUUUCUGAAAUCCCCAACCCCUGCUAUUCGAUCAGCUACAUAUUCUGUGCUUAGGAGUUUCAUUAAAAAUAUUCCACAUGCUUUCAGUGAAGGAAAUAUGAAAACUCUAGCCACAGAAGUUCUUGGCUCCUUCCAGGAAAAAGAUCCAGCUUGCCAUCAAGCAAUGUGGGAUAUGAUUUUGUUAUUUUCCAAAAGAUUUCCUGAGGGUUGGACCACAAUAAAUGUUCAGAAAGCCAUGCUACAUAAGUUCUGGCAUUUUCUAAGAAAUGGGUGUUUUGGAUCCCAGCAAAUUUCUUAUCCAGCUUUAGUUCCAUUUCUAAAUGCAAUACCUCCUAAAGCAGUAGUGGGGGAGAAGUUCAUCUUUGAGUUCUUUCAAAAUUUUUGGGCUGGAAGGAAUCGAUCACUCUCCUUAAAUGCAGAUCGACUAGCAUUUUUCCAGGCAUGUAGAGAUUGUUUUAUUUGGGCAUUGCAAAAUGCUUCAAGAUAUUGUGAUGGAGAACUUGCUGUUCAUUCUUUCCGAGUUACUCUAGUUGAUAAGAUCCUUCUAAAGCUCCUGUGGCCCAAUUACCUGCCACUUGGCUCGAAAGGAAAUGAGGGAGUUUUCUCUGAGCAAUCAAGGGGUUCAUCUAAGGGAAGUUCUCAGCCUUUCUAUGAGGAAACAUUAGAGACACUCAAGAUUAAGUAUCCAAUGGGAUAUGUGCAAGACCUGGGGAGAUGCAUUACAGAGAUCCUUUCAUGCAUUUAUUCUUUGGAAAGUGAUUUGCUCUUGGCUUUUUGCACAGCAUUUCAAGAAAACUGCUUUGAAGUGUUUCAGAAAACAGAGCAUAUAGAAAGUUCAUCAGAGAUUAUAGAGAGGGUCAUUAAGUUUUUGUUAUUACUAGGGCAACAUUCAGUUCAGAAAGGUGAAAAGUGGCCUUUGGUUAAUCUUGUGGGACCAAUGUUGGCAAAGUCUUUCUCAUUGAUCCAAAUUAUUGAUUCACCAGAUAUUGUCAGACUUGUAACGAUGGCAGUGUCAGUAUUUGGUCCUCGUAAGAUAAUUGCAGAAAUUUUCUGCAGUAACAGGACUUUGUUUAGUAGUCCUUGUGAUGAUAUAAACAAGGAAUUGGACAUGGAUCAGUUUCUGCUGCUCUACAAUGAAAUAUUUAUCCCUUGGUGCCUGCAAGGAAAUGUUUCAUCCACUAGUGCUCGACUGGAUCUCUUGCUCGUGUUACUUGAAAAUGAAAGUUUUUCAGAACAGUGGCAUAGUAUCAUCACAUAUGCAACUGAUCCAGAACGUUUUGGAGCUGGGCCUGAGGGUCCUGACCAAAACCACAUACUUGUCUUUGCAAUUCUCAUGGAGAAAGCGAGAGCAGAACUUAGAAAGAGAAAGGUGGGGGUAGAUGUUUAUCAGCAAGGCUCCCAUCCAGAACACUGGCAUCAUAAGCUUCUAGAUUCAUGUGUUGUUUCUAUCACUUAUUCCUUUCCUUCCUUCACAAGUCCUAAUGCGCGGUUUAUUCGGGCGGUCCUUGGCGGCUCAACAGAAGAUGAUAAAAUUUGUUUGGUGUCAAGGAAUGCUAAGAUCCUUGUAUUUAAAGAGAUCUGCAGGAAUUUGGUAACUUUCAUGAUGGAUUCUCCUUUCACUUGGGUUAGGGAUUCAUGUUCUUUAUUAACUGCUGAUGCAAAUGGUUCUAUGCCAAGAAGACAUAAUGUGAAUGUGCUCAACAUGGCACAUUUUGCACUCGAAGUACUUGAUGGCAGCUUCUUCUGUGUGAAGACUAUUGAAGAUGAAGAUGGAUUGGUCCCAGGUACUUUAGCUGCAGUUUUUCUGAUUGAUUGGGAAUAUAGCAUGGCAGUAGUGUCCGAAAAUGCCAAUGAAGAUGAAGCUACUAGAAAAAUUCUGGGCCGGAUGGAUUUUUAUGCAUCUUUGCAUGAUUUUCGUGGCAAGCUUAGUACUCAAUUCUUUAAGAACCUAAGCAUGAACAUUCGCAACAAUUUGAGGAGAAUAUUGAUAGAGUCUAUUAGGUUUGCUAUAUUCAAGGAAGAUAAAUUUUAUAUUGGGAAAGAAAGAUCUGUAUGCUGCCAAUGGAUGCUUGAUGUUAUUAGAUGUCUCUGUGAGAGUCAAAAUGAGGAGCAAGAAUUGUUAGACCAGUUUCUGAGCAAGAGUGAAUUCUGGCCUUUGUGGGUCUUGCCGGAUGCCUGUACAGGAGAAAGAUCAGCUGCCUUGAAGACUGGAAACAUCUCUAUUAAUGCAUCCAGGAGUCACAUAAUUGUUGCUGUUAUUGAGGAGCUUAUAUCUGAGAUUGGGAUUGAAAAGGUUGUUGCCGGUUCUGUUUCCAGUAUUUCUCCCUCAUCUGAAGAAGCAGCAAGAGAACCAACUGGCUCUCCAUCUUGUUCUCGAGCCUGGCUUGCUGCUGAAAUAUUAUGCACGUGGAAAUGGCAAGGUGGUGGUGCUUUGAGCUCUUUCCUGCCUUCAUUGAGUGUAUAUGGGAAGAAUGGACAUUUUUCUCACCAGGAAAGUUUGUUAGACUGUAUAGUUAGUAUUUUGCUUGAUGGUGCUCUUGUUCAUGGAGAUUGUGGUAAACUAAGCCUUAACCAUGUAUGGCCUGUUUCAUUUGAUGAAAUGGAGUAUGUCGAAGAACCCUUCUUAAGAGCUUUUGCAUCUCUACUUUUAUCCCUUUUUGAAGACAAUAUAUGGGAAAAGGACAAAGCUAUUUUCCUUUUUGAAAUGCUUGUAAAGAAACUUUUCAUUGGUGAAGCAGUUAACUUGAAUUGUUUGAAGGUUCUCCCUUUAAUUAUGAGUGUCCUUAUAAGGCCAUUGAGCUUCAGGAGUGAUGAGUCCACUCAAGUUGUCCAACAUGAUUCUUUUAAUGCAAGUCAAAUGCAGGAUAUUAUUAAGGACUGGCUCCAAAGAGCUAUUUUGUUCUCACCUUCAGACACGUGGCAAAUGGAAGAAGAGAUGGAAUAUUGGUUUCAGCUGGUUAUAUCUUGCUACCCCCUAAGUGCAAUAUCAAGUAUACAAGGGUUAAAACCAGAGAGAGAAAUCAGCCCUGCAGAGAGAUCACUUUUACUUGAAUUAUUUCGGAAGCAGAGACAUCGUUCUGGCUCAUCAACUGCAGCUACUAAACUUCCAACUGUGCAGAUGGUCCUAUCAAAGCUAAUGGUAGUCUCAGUGGGAUAUUGCUGGAUGGAAUUUGAUGUAGAAGACUGGGAGUUCGUAGUCUAUCAAUUGAGAUGGUGGAUUGAAUCAGCCGUGGUGAUGAUGGAGGAAGUAGCUGAAAAUGUCAACGAACUCAUAUCAAACACUUCAUCUAGUAACUCUGAAUCUGCAGUUAACAAGCUUGAGCAUGUUGUGUCAGAGUUAAACCCUUCACCAAUGAGAAUUGCUACCAAUGCCCUGGCUGCUUUUUCUAUAUUUUGUGAUGUCAUUGUAUUACAAAAGGAAGAAAAUACUGAUAAUAUGAAUCCCUCGAGAGCUGAGAAAUGGGAUCUUAUCAAGGAUCGAAUUCUAGAAGGUAUUCUCCGCUUAUUCUUUUCCACUGGUGUUGCUGAGGCCAUUGCAGGUUCCUGCUGCUAUGAAGCAUCAUUUAUUUUAGCAGCAAGUAGGUUUGAUCAUUGUCACUUCUGGGAGUUGGUUGCUUCAUGUGUUGUAAGGUCCUCUGCUUAUGCCAGAGACAAAGCUGUGAAAUCGGUUGAACUUUGGGGGCUUAUGAAAGGGCCUAUCAGAGCUCUGUAUGCUAUCCUUUUUUCCUCCAAACCCCUUCCUGCUCUGCAAUUUGCAUCUUAUGUUAUCCUUUCAUCUGAACCUGUUUUGACCUCAUCUAUUAUUAGAGAAGACACUACAAAGUCCUUGGAUGGAGAUACUACUGGUGAACAAGAGUCUUACACUCCUGAUUUGGCUUCAGAAGAAGAUGUUCACUUGAGGGAGGAGAUUUCUUGCAUCCUUGAAAAAUUACCAUACGAGAUUCUUGAAAUGGACUUGGUGGCACAAGAACGAGUGAAUAUCUUUCUUGCAUGGUCAUUAUUCCUAUCACAUCUACUAUCCUUCCCAUCAUCCUCACCCAUGAAGGAAAGAUUGGUGCAACAUGUUCAAAAGCAUGCCAAUCCAGCAAUAUUGGAUUGCAUAUUCCAGCAUAUUCCCUUGGAAUUGUGCUUGGCACAUAGCUUGAAGAAGAAAGACAUGGAACUUCCUUCUGUUCUAUCAGAUGCUGCAGCUGCAGCUACUCGUGCCAUUACAAGCAAUUCUCUUUUGUUUUGUGUGGAAUCACUUUGGCCUGUUGGACCAGAAAAGAUGGCUUCAUUUGCUGGUGCAGUAUUUGGUAUGAUGCUUUGUACUCUUCCUGCUUAUGUUCGAGAGUGGUUUAGUGAUAUACGUGACCGUUCUACAUCAUCAGCAAUUGAGUCUUUUACGAAAGUGUGGUGUAGCCCGCCUCUUAUCUCAAAUGAACUAUCCGAGAUCAAGAAAGCUGGCAUUGCUGAUGAAAAUUUCUCAGUUAGUGUGAGCAAGGCAGCCAAUGAGGUUGUUGCCACCUAUACAAAGGAUGAAACUGGAAUGGAUUUAGUUAUUCGUCUUCCUGCAUCUUACCCAUUGCGUCCUGUGGAUGUUGAUUGUCCUAGAAGUGUUGGGAUUAGCGAAGUGAAGCAAAGGAAAUGGUUGUUGUCUAUGUUGUCUUUUGUUCGCAAUCAGAAUGGUGCCUUAGCCGAAGCCAUACGGAUAUGGAAGAGCAAUUUUGACAAGGAAUUUGAAGGUGUUGAGGAGUGUCCUAUCUGUUACAGUGUGAUCCACACUGUUAACCAUAGCCUUCCACGCUUGGCUUGCAAAACUUGCAAGCACAAGUUCCAUUCUGCUUGCCUGUAUAAGUGGUUCUCAACUUCUCACAAAUCAACGUGCCCAUUAUGCCAGUCUCCAUUUUGAGCUCUUAACUUGUGAAGCCACCAUUUAUUCUUUUACAUUAUGGGCACUGAAGAUUCAGUCUUGAGCAAUGGCCUUUACCGAUUUUUCUUCAACUGUAACAUUCCUGUAAAUGGAGGGAAGCUAAUUUUACUGCUACUGUUGGACCAUACAAUUGGGGUAGAAAAGCUAUUGGGUGUCCCUCACGGAACAACUCCCUGAAACUGCUUAUUCCCAUAUUUAUUCAGAUGAUCUGACCAUUUGGAGAUAAUAGUUCCAUUCUAGUAUCUGGUUGAGGCUUGGGCUUCCCUUUGAGUGAAAUCAGAAGGGGUCCAGCAGGCUGAAAGUGGAGCUUCCCUCGAGUGCUUGGAGUCGUCAUGCCAAACGAUCAGCUCAUAGCCGUACAGUAUUUGUUUGUAACUUAUACUGGAAUAGUAAGAUAUAGUACAAGAGAUUGGGGUGGCUGGGCAAGGAUGAUCCAAGUUCACAGUGGAAAUGGUAUUGAAGCUGACACUACAUAGAAAUGUGUAGUUAAAUUUUGAUAUUAUCUGUUAAAUUUUGAUUUGGAUGAGGAUGAUCCAGCUGCAGAAUUUCCAUGUCACGUAAUGAGAAUGAUAAAGUUUUAUUCGCAGCAUAUUAGAGCAUGUGGUGGAUAUUUUUUUCUAUGUUAAAUUUGCAGUCUUUCUCAUAACCAUUUGGGACGACCAACAAAAAAAAAAAAAAAAGGUUAAAACUAUAUGAGCAAAAGCCCCAAAGGGUGUUGGGAUU